GGUAGCGGAGAGUUGUGACAUCAUGGCUCCGUACCCUUACUUACAACUGGUCCUCUUGACCGGCCUUUCUCUGUACAUGAAUUUCUCUGUCACCUCAAGUUUGCCAUUUGCUGUCCGCUUGGUUAACGGGGUCACAAACACUUCCGGCCGUGUGGAGGUCUUCCAUGCCGGCGAAUGGGGGACCGUUUGUGAUGAUAGCUGGGGAAACAAAGACGCUCGAGUUGUGUGCAGAAUGUUCGGAUACAGCAAUGGCAUGGGAGUUGGUGUUGCGUACUUUGGAGCUGGUUCGGGAUCUAUCUUGAUGGAUGAUGUCGCAUGUGACGGCUCAGAGCAAAGUCUUGAUGAUUGCCCGUUUAGUGGUUGGGGAGAUGAAAAUUGUGGUCAUAAUGAAGAUGCAGGCGUGAUAUGUUUCACAGGAGAUCAAGGUUCUCCUAGUUCCCAUGUAUCAGUAAGUAUAAACCCAACAAAUGAGGGACAGGAGAACUCCACAGUGGAUCUGACGUGUCAUUUGGUAGAUGGUGAAACCACGACCAGUCUCAUGUGGACGUGCCCUGCGUCAGUGUCUAAAACAGCCCAUAACACCACAAGUCACGGAGACAAUCACACGUCAACAAUCACAGUGACUCUGACACGUCAGGCGAAUGGACAACGAUGUAACUGUACUGGGAGUCAGACAAACUCAGGAAGUGACCAAUCGCCAGUGUUUGCUGUCAAGUUUGGUCCAGACAGUAUCAGUAUAACCGGAAACAAAGUGGUAGUGGCAGACGGUACCAAUACCCUGACCUUGACCUGUACAUCACAGGAGUACAACAAACACGUACACAUCACGUGGUAUAACGGUACAACACGGAUAUCUAACACGGGGGACGUCACUAACACGUCAGGCACUUACGGAGGGUCCAUAUCGACACAGAUUCUCAAUCUUACACCCGACAGAUACCAGAAUGGCAAUGUGAUCAAGUGUGUUUUUCAAAACGAGGAUGUAUUGAUAGGGGAGAGAACCACGUCAGUUGCACUUGUUAUUAAAGAUGUUAUCACCGGCACCGAGUCAAGUAUUGGUUAUGUAGUUGGAGGUGUCACGGGGUCAGUGUUGGCGCUAACUGCUAUAGUAGGCGCUUUCCUGAUAUACAGACGAAGAUAUGUUAGAAAAUGUACGCUUGCUGACACGACGAGAAACCAAGAGAGCAGGCCAUCAACGUAUCAAGAAUUGGAUCUAAACAACAUAACUCCGCCGUCAAUAUAUGAAAGCACAACGAUGGAAUCACAAAGCGUACCCAGUGAAAGCACUUGUGAGACGCUUGGUCAGAGACCUGAACCUAGUGUGUAUGUUAACCUUUCGAAGAAUACCCGUCUUACAGAUUCCCCAUACGUUAAUACAAUUGUAAAACGGUACUGAUCGUUAUCGUGGCUGA